AUGGACAUGCCGGAGGAUGAGUCGCUGUUAAAGAACCGGACGGAACACGGGCAGGAGCCAAGCCGGGGGGCAGCGCGCCCUGCAUGGGCAGUCACAGCGCUGGCCAGCGUGCUGAUCCUCACUACUGUGGUGGAUGUCCUGGGAAACCUGCUAGUCAUCGUGUCCGUGCUAAGGAACCGUAAACUACGGAAUGCCGGAAAUGUCUUUGUGGUGAGCCUGGCCUUCGCUGACUUGCUGGUUGCAUUCUACCCCUACCCUAUGGUGUUGUACGCCAUCUUCCAUGAUGGCUGGUCACUGGGCGAGACCCAGUGCAAGGUGAGUGGCUUCCUGAUGGGCUUGAGCGUCAUUGGCUCCAUCUUCAACAUAACAGGCAUUGCCAUCAACCGCUACUGCUACAUCUGCCACAGCUUCAGCUAUGACAAGCUGUACAGCUACCGCAACACGCUGCUGCUGGUUGCAAUGAUCUGGCUGCUGACAGUCAUAGCCAUCGUGCCCAAUUUCUUUGUCGGCUCACUGCAGUACGACCCACGCGUCUACUCAUGCACAUUUGCACAAACAGUCAGCACGUCCUAUACCAUCACAGUGGUGGUCAUCCAUUUCUUUGUGCCCAUUGCUGUGGUCACUUUCUGCUACCUGCGCAUCUGGAUCCUGGUCAUCCAAGUGAGGCGGAGAGUAAAGUCAGAGGUCAGCUCCCGCAUCAAGCCCAGUGACCUGAGGAACUUCAUCACUAUGUUUGUGGUAUUUGUGCUGUUUGCUAUUUGUUGGGCACCACUCAACUUCAUUGGGCUUGCUGUUGCUAUCAACCCUGAAACAGUGGCACCUCAAAUCCCAGAGUGGCUUUUUGUGGUCAGCUACUUUAUGGCUUACUUCAACAGUUGCCUUAAUGCCAUAAUCUAUGGUCUGCUGAACCAGAACUUCCGCAGGGAGUACAAGAGGAUCGUCAUGUCUGUGUGGAUGCCACACCUCUUCUUCCAAGAAACAUCUCGAGGGGGCACUGAGGGCAUGAAGAGCAAACCCUCACCAGGACUCAAUAACAAUGAGCAAGUAAAGGGAGAAUCUAUGUGACAUUCUUUUUCUCUUCUUCCAUCUCCUAGUCCUGGGGUCGGCAACCUUUAUUGACGAAAGAGCCACAGUUGGCCAAAAAAGAGAAAAAAUGUUGAAAUGGAGACGCAAACCUUAUUUUAACCCUUACAAUGAAGAUAAAACAGCCUACUAAGUCUAAAUUAGCCUACCAGCAUUACUAAUAGGUCAUAAUGAGCAUUUGUUGAUAUGAUUUUGUCAGAAAGCAGCAAGGACCAAGUGUAAAUGAAAGGCUGGACAGAAAUAUCUCACGAGAUUUGGAAUCAAAAGCUAAACUUGCUAGACUUGAAGUUGGCAAAAUUUUGGGGUUGAAGCCAGACCUUGGACUUUUGUAAGCAAUGAUGCACAUAUAAGUUGACUAGUUUAAAAAAAAUGUUUAAAUGUCAUAUAAAAGCUGCACAUUUUUCCAAUCGAAGAACACAAAUUACUUUGGGUCAACAGGGCCUACACCAAUGUUAAAUAAAAAAUAAAUAAAUGUUUCAUUUAUUGUAUAAAUGUUUUGAUCACAGCCACAAGGAGCCACUGUAGAUGGCCUAAAGAGCCACAUGUGGCUCUGGAGCCGCAGGUUGCCGACCCCUGUCCUAGUCCCUUCUCUUACCAUGUUCACUUGUACCGUGCCAUCAACUUUAUUUUCUACUGUACCAAAGCAAUGAACUAUGGAAAUACACAUAGAGUGACCAACAGUGAGUGAGACAAAUUGAAUUUUUAAAAAAGGGAUUUAAAAAAAAAGGCCUAUUGAAUACAAUAGCUGUUAUCCAUUGUUUUUUAAGAGUGCCAUUUGUGAAACCUAAGGGUUAUCAAUUUCAGUUAGCACUGAUUUUAUCUGAAAAAGUCAACAUAUCCUCUUACCCAAAUGACAGAAUUGGUUGUUUGGGAAUGUCUCUUAAAAUGACAUAUAUGACGUUCCAUUAACCACUCUGAACAGUGGGAGUUUUAAACGUGUGACUGUUUUGUUUACGUGGCUGUUGUGAAACAGAACUGCUUGGUUAUGUUUAUGCAACAACUAUUACUUGGUUGGUUUUAGGAAAAGACAAUCUGACAUUGUUGUGUUGCAUGAUGUCACGUAAUAUCAUGUCACUUAACCGCAAAACAAAACCAGCAGGUAGGUUAAAAAACUCAACGUCACCUGUUUUGUUUCAAAUUGAACACAAAUAACUGUUUCCUGGGUUCUUUGACACAUCCAUUGCUCUCUCACUCCGUCACCUCACUUUUUGUUUUACACCUGUCAUAAUUACUACAGCCACUUUAAGUUGACACUUUAUUACAAAAACAUAAAUAUGGGUUAGGAUCAUAGUGAUCAUAAAUAAUGGAUGUAUUCACUGUGACAUCACCCACUUGUAUGUGGACUGCCUUUUUACCUGAGUUCAGUGUUACGACUGUCACCAUCUUGCUUUACGUCCAUCGCCAGCAUUGAAGCAUUUUUGAAACCGGGAAAAAAACAUAU